CCGUGGUAACAUCUGAACACAGACCUGUCAAAAACAAAAGCAUGCAAAUGUAAUAGCUACUGCGUUUUAUAUGAGCUCAACCUCCAGCUGUUGUAGAGUAAGAGUGAUAGAGAGGGUCAAGGCAUAUGUUCCAGAUUUAGAAAGAAUGGUGGAAUAAAUAUGGACGAAUAUCUUUAUUGUUAGAGCCAAACCUCUUUCACCAGUACCCAGGUUGAUUAACCUGCUACAGCUCACGUUUAGAUGAGUGUCUGCAUUAUCUGGGGUGAUGUUUGACGCAGAUGACUGCAUGGUGUUCUUGGACGGUCUGUUUUUUGAGAAGCCUAUUGUACACAAGGUAAGACCGUUGCCCCCGGAGGCCAAUCAGUGGCAGUUAGAUGAACCUCCACCUCUUACACAUAUUCCAACUACUCAGGAUAUGCAAAAGGAGGCUGAAUCUUUCUCUGACUUAUACAGUUUCAAACCAAAACCCAAGAAGUCCCAGCCUCAUUUAAAAGGACUCAUGGCCUUAUCUUCAGAUGUCAACUGUUUAUGCAGUUUUAAUGAUGAAGAGAGAGAAUUUGAGGAGACUCAAGGUGAUGGCACCAGCAACCCCAGCGGGCAUGAUGUUCGCUCGGGUGAUGAAGGGCUAAAGGAUUACUCUGAGGGUAGCCUUCUGAGUGGCAGAGAGGGAGAUGAAACCUGGCUGGACUCUCGUCAUGCAGCCUUUAGCAGAUGCUUGCCUGGUCUAACUUUACGAAGAAGCUUGUUUAAGAGUCCUGUGCUGAGCAACAGUUGCAACUUGUCAACCAACACUCACCUCAAGGGUAGCAGUGGCUAUAGCAGCAGUAGUGAGAAAACGUCUACACCUCAAACUUUUCUCAGUCCGGUUUCCAUGGCGACCAUGCCUUGUGCUCCCCAACCGAGACAGGCUGCAGUUGGCCAUGCAGCUCCUCCUUUCCCCUGCUUAACCCCUCCUCUGGGCUCAUCUGCAGCAAGCGUCCGACCCCUGCAGCAGGCGCCACAUGCAGAAAUGCGGGACAAGAACACAAAGAGAGCCUUCGUUCCACCGAUGACGCCUCAGCCUCUGUACAUAGAAGGAUCUUCUGGCUCUGAAGUUCUGCGCCCAGUUUCAGAAAUCCCCGUGAGAUUUAGAUCCAUCUUCAGCGAGUUUCCCUUUUUCAAUUACCUUCAGUCCAAAGCUCUGGAUGAUGUUCUUUACACAGAUAAGAACUUUGUAGUCUGUGCUCCCACUGGAUCGGGUAAAACAGUUCUGUUUGAGCUCGCCAUCAUUCGCCUGUUAAUGGAGACACAGGAGCCAUGGAGAAAAGUCAAAGCUGUAUAUAUGGCUCCCAUCAAAGCUCUAUGCAGCCAGUGUUAUGACAACUGGAGCAAGAAGUUCGGUCCUCUGGGGCUGACCUGCAAGGAGCUGACUGGUGACACAGAAGUCGAUGACUUGUUCGAGAUUCAUGACUCCCACAUCAUCGUGACCACGCCUGAAAAGUGGGACAGCAUGACAAGGAAAUGGAAGGAUAAUUGUUUGCUGCAGCUUGUAAGACUCUUCCUUAUUGAUGAGGUGCACGUGGUGAAGGAUACAACCCGUGGUGCCACCUUGGAAGUGGUAGUGAGCAGAAUGAAGGCAGUGAAUUCAUACAGAACAUCCCAGAUUCCAGAGGCAGGCGUCACAAUGAGAAUUGUGGCGGUAUCAGCCACAAUCCCCAACAUAUCUGACAUAGCAGACUGGCUGUCCAAUGGGAGUGAGCCGGCCACGUAUCUGAGUAUGGAUGAGAGUCACCGUCCAGUAAAGCUUUGGAAGGUGGUCCUGGGUUUCCCCUGCAGUGGGACCCAAACAGAGUUCAAGUUUGACUUGUCCCUCAACUACAAGAUGGCUAACAUUAUACAGACUUACUCUGAUCAGAAGCCUACACUAGUGUUUUGUUCGACAAGGAAAGGAGCUCAGCAGUCAGCUGCAGUUCUGGCCAAGGAUGCCCGAUUCAUAAUGAACUUUGAACACAAGCAAAGGUUGAUGAAAUAUACAAACUCUGUUCUGGAUUCAAAACUAAGAGAUCUGAUGAUGUUAGGAGUUGGUUACCACCAUGCAGGUGUUGACAUGUCUGACAGGAAGCUGGUAGAAGAGGCCUUUACCCUGGGAGACCUGCCUGUCCUAUUUACAACUCGGACUCUGGCUAUGGGGGUAAACCUUCCUGCUCACCUGGUUGUGAUCAAGUCAACAACGCAGUAUGUUGCCGGCUCCUGUGAAGAGUACAGUGAGGCUGACAUCCUGCAGAUGAUAGGCCGGGCUGGGCGGCCUCAGUUUGAUACAUCAGCAACAGCUGUGAUCAUGACCAAGGUUCAAACCAGAGAAAAGUACAUGAAACUAAUGAAUGGGAUGGAGAUCAUUGAGAGCAGCUUACACAGUCACCUGAUGGAGCACCUGAACGCUGAGAUUGUUCUCCAAACCAUCAGUGAUGUCAACAUGGCUCUAGACUGGAUACGGUCCACCUUCCUCUACAUCAGAGCCAUCAAGAACCCAUCACACUAUGGUUUCUCUGCCAACUUAGACAGAUAUGGUAUUGAAGCAAAAUUGCAAGAACUGUGUCUGAAGAACCUCAACUCUCUGUCGUCUGUUGAUUUGAUCAGUAUGGAUGAGGAUAUUAACGUCAAAGCCACAGAAGCUGGCAGGUUGAUGGCAAGGUAUUGUGUUGCCUUUGAAACAAUGCAGCUGUUCAGCAAAAUAACUGGCACUGAAACCCUGCCUGACCUGGUUGACCUGGUGUCAAAGAGCAAGGAGUUCAGGGACAUUCAGUUGAGAGUAAAUGAGAAGAGACCGCUGAACACUCUAAACAGAGACAGGAACAGGACCACCAUCAGAUUUCCUCUUGAGGGAAAGAUCAAAACCAGUGAGAUGAAGGUGAACUGCUUGAUUCAGGCUCAAUUGAGCUGUAUCUCAAUACAAGACUUUGGUCUUACACAAGAGACAGCAAAGAUCUUCAGAAUCGGCAUGCGCAUUAGUAAAUGUCUGUCGGAGUUUCUUAGUCAACAACCUAAGACUGGGUUUUGUGCUGUGCUUAACUCCCUGAUCUUGGCUAAAUGCUUUAGAGCUAAGCUUUGGGAAAACUCACCCUAUGUUUCCAAACAGAUAGAGAAGAUAGGUCUGACUCUGUCAACUGCGAUGGUGAAUGCUGGACUCACCAGUCUCAGCAAAAUAGAGCAAACCAACCCCAGAGAGCUGGAGCUGAUUCUUAACCGCCAUCCACCAUUUGGAAACCAAAUCAGAGAAUCUGUUGUACAUCUCCCAAAGUACGACAUUAACCUGGAGCAGCUGCCCAGGUACAGCAGUGCCACAGCUGAGAUUGUGGUAAAGGUGACCUUACUAAACCAAGCUCAGCUACUGUCCAGGAGAACAGCUCCAGACCAUCACUAUGUCUCUCUGAUCAUCGGCAACUCAGAAAACGGUCUAGUUUUUCUACAGAAACUCACGGACUCAUUGCUUUUGAAGUGUGGUUGCUGGACAAAAAAAAUAGAUGUGCCAAAAACUUCGAAAGGAAAUGAUAUCAGUGUCAAUCUCAUCAGCUCAGAAUAUGUGGGGCUGGACAUCCAGCUGAAGUUUCCUGUGUACUACUCUGCAGCCAAAACGUUUGGGACUGAAGCUCCACAGAACAUAACAGAUAUUCCUAUUGGACAGAGACCGCCUCACUUUGCUCUGAAACCGCAGUCUGGACAAUGUGCUACAACUCAAAGAGAAAAUGCCUCAUCUGCAAAAGAGCAAGAUUCAGCCAGUAAAAGACAGUGCUAUCAUUUCUGCAAGAACAAGAGUCUUUGUGCUCAUGACUGUUGUAAAGUAGGUGUUGCUUUUGGACAGAAAAGGUCAGCAAACCAUGAAUCCAGCUUCUCCUCUUACUUGGAGGAUUUGAGGAGCAGGUCUGACAUACUUGCACAUACCCCUGUUAAACGGCUUAAGAUUAAAAUGAGUGAAGAGCCUUUGUCUGUCAACAUGCAGAAGUUUGCUUACAGACCCAAAGAAAUGCUUCCAAUUGUAUCCCGGCAUGCAGAAAAUAGGUGUAAACCUGCAGAUGCUGACCUGACAGCUGAAGACUGUUCUCAGCUGCCCAACGUAGUUUGUCUGGAUGAUCUUGACAGAGGAGAUUCUUUAAAGCGGAUGACCCUGAACUCUGGCUUGGGCUCCAGACAGCAUCUGAACCAGAUAAGCACAACCUGCUCAGCUUCAUUAAACUGGUCCACUGUGGUGUCAGAACAGAACUUCCAGAAAGGUCCUUCCUCUGUCCAAAUACCAAGUGUCACCUUUGAUCUGGGAAAUGAAUGGGAUGAAUGGGGAGAUUUUGAUGAUGAAAACUUGCUGAAUGCCAGCAAGAUAUCAGUACCUCCAUGUAAAACCAGCUUCAAGCCUCAGAUGCAGCAGCAUGUUCAAAACAAGAUGGCAGGCUAUGCCACAACAUCAGCACCCAUGCUGAUCAGCAGCUCACAAGCCAAACCCUAUAUGACCACUUUCACUACACCACUGAGUCCUGAAAUCAGCAAACUUGGACCCUGUCCUGUCAGUCACUCAUUCACAUCACAGAACAGAAUCACAUUGGACUGGAAUGAAAAGAGACCAAACAUUUUCAGUGAUGGACUCACAAUAAAAACACCUGAAAAGCUCCCAGCCCAGACUCUGGGGGGACAGGUUAGCAGAAGGUUGGAUUUCUUUUCUACAAUGAAUGCAUCAUCCAGUGCCAAUUCAUCUCUUAAUAAAAGCUCAGAGGAGGAGGCUUUCCUUGGCAUAUUUGAUGGUAUAUUUUAGAAACACUUGUAUUUCCUAUGAUUUGUGACUCAUUAAAGUCCAGUGCUUUACGCUAAA